AUGAAGGUGGCGGUAGACUUUUUCAGUAAGGCAGUUGGAGCGAGAGCAAAUAGAACUCGCAGGCUAGACUGGGAGGCCCUGGGCUAUUCUCCUCAUAACCUUGAAGAUCUGGAUAUGCCAUUCACCGAUAAUGAGCUGCUUCACAUUAUCAAGGAGUUACCGGCAGAAAAGGGCCUGGACCGGAUGGUUAUAUUGGUUUGUUCUAUAAAAAGUGUUGGGACAUAA